UAGACACGCGCCCUUGCCCGGUUGAAACCAAAACAAAGUGAUCAAUAAGCUCAAACAAUUGGGUAUCAAAUCACCUCUAAUUGACUGACUCACUUCAUAUCCAAAAACCGACAUUUUAAGGUCAAGGUUAACUUCACUUUAUCUCGAGCUAUGGAAUGCUCUAGUGGGGUUCCCCAGAGUUCAGUACUAGGACCUCCUCUCUUCUUCAUUUAUAUAAACAAUCUUCCACAACAUGUAUCAUCCGAUUUUAUCAGAUAUUAUAUCCAAUAGCAAUGAGAAGUCUUUUUUUCUAAUUCUGACCGCUUUCAUGAUGUCAACGGUAAACAUACUUCAAAUGAUGAUCACGUUGAUGAAUCUAUUUUCACUCGCAACACAACUCUUAUCUUAACUAAUCUUACGACCAUUCAUGGAACUACCAAUUGCGACUUAUACUUCAACCUGCUUCACCCUGAUAAUUGUUCCUUAUUCUUUUGUCCAAUGCCCGCUCUCUGUCCAAUGAAAUUACCCAUUUUGAAACCCUCUUAUUCUUUGUAAAUCUAACCGUUGUAUUUAUUAUGGAAACGUGGUGCAAUUCGUCUAUAUCCGAUCACUCCUUGAAUGUAGACAACUUCGUUUUCUUUAGAACCGAUAGAUGUUAUGGAUUAGGAGGCGGUACAAUUAUCUAUGUCCGUUCAGACAUUCAGGCGUGCAAAUUGCAGGAUGAAUCUCUUGAUGCUAUAGACAACUCCACUUGGGUUAAUGUAAAUUGUGGAUCUCAAUAUUAUCUACUGUUGGGAUUCAUGCACAGACCACUUCAUGCUGAUACUAAGUUUGACAGAUUACUAACAAACAUCUUUUUCAUUGCUUCGCACCAACCACAUACCUUUAAAAUCAUCGGAGGCGAUUUUAAUCUGCCCAAAAUUACAUGUGGUUCGACUCAGGUACCAGGUAGGUAUAACAAGCCACCUAGGGGAGUUGGAAAAACCUGAUUCCUAACCAAUGGUGCAGAUGAACGCCAGAAUUCCGAGGGAAAAAAUGGUGUAUGAACCUAUUGUUUGUCACUGGCUACCAUGGGACUGCAUCUCCUAAUGUUGCUCCACUGCCUUGUGGGUUAGACCUUCAGGUCAAAGGGUCUGUGUGGGGCCUCAAAAGAUAACCACCUGCUUCGAUUCGGGCACCCGAGCAGUGUCACAGCCCUCACACGAAUCAGUGAUAACUACUACUGGUCUCAUUGUUAUUGUGUGGCGCAUAUGUAUUCGGUGCCUCCUUGUACCAAUGUUUAUGUGAUCAAAUAAUAAUAAUUAUGUCAGAUCAUGCCAGUUUCCUUAUUUUUGACUGUUUCCAUCAUAGACGACAGGCUUAGAGAAUAUAAAUAACAACUAUCGCAAUACUCUAUCUUAUGACUGUUCACCAAAAAGUUGACAAAUACAUCCAUAAAGGCCCAGCACCAAUUAAUUGCUACAAUCUACCUUUUGGGUAAAAAUUGUCUUGAAAAAAUGUUGGGGCGGGUGCAUUCAUCAACAUAAAAUGUAGCAUUCAAAUAAACACUUAUUAAAAAUGUUUAAGUGAGGUAAAAAAGGACUGCUAAGUCGACCAUUAAUAUAUUGACAAACUGAAAUAAGUGGCAGGUAUCUUAUACAUAACAUGAUAAUUGGCUUAACAAAGAAGACUCCAAAUCGAGUUUUUAAAACAUUAAACUACAAUACUGUCUACCUAAGAAACCAAACACCAUAUGAUUACCGUCAUAAGGGAUAGGAAUCUGUUUAAUAUUUGAAGUUCUAAAUCGAACGGAUACUCAGAAACCUAUUAUUUACUCACAGUUGUCUGAAUAUUUCAUCAUUUCUGUAAGUAACCAAAUUUUACACUUAAAUUAAAUUAAAGAGGCAAUCUUGUUCAGUCCUUAUGAUUUCUGUUAAAUUGAGUACAAUCACCGAGUAGUCAUCGUUCGCUAACAUUGUAUCAUUUUGCAUCGAUUGAUCAAUCUCUAUCCUUCAUUUUAGGAUGACGCAUGCUCACAACCACAACUGUGAAUGCAGUAAUUGUAUAUUAGCAUCACUAAAACAGGCAUGAGUAACGUAGAACUUGUUGUGACUAAUGCAACGCUGCGUCAGCGCAGAGAAAGCAAAAAGAAAACAGUACUAAGAGUAAUAAUUAUAAUGUAGAGAUAACAGAGAAUAUAGUGUUGACUAAUCGGGGAAAUUAUUGGAUUAAACGCAUCGGAUACACUUCACAGGUUCAAUUUUCGUCAUGUAGUAUUUACAGUAACGUGUGGUGAUAUCAGGGAUGAAGUUAUACUGACAGCUGGAUAGGAAUGUGGAAGACGUGACAUAUAUCUUAAGAGGAUGUAACCUUCCGCCGCGUGGCUAGGCGAGGUAGCCGCCGUCACAACACAUAUGAGUUCCAAACAUGUAACAGCUAAUGUCGAUUUCAGUAAACUGAAAUACCACUCAUGCUUGGCUAAAAGCAUACUGUUAACUACACAGUAAAGCACUCAACCUAAAAACCCUAUUUAAAAUAGGAUAGAUAGCAUAUCGGGUAAGUUCCAAGGAAAGUCUUAGUAAUAGGUGAUUUUCUCAUAUUUGAGGAACACGUCUCUUAUGAUUUCAUUUUGACAACCAACAAUUUCCUUUCAACACUAAGCUAAUUGACUUGAUGACCGCUGAUACAAAGUCACAGAUAAAUCACUGUGGGUCAUUGUUAGGUUAGAUAGGUAGAAGACUGCCACUUUAUUCCGCGUGACUUCUGAACUGUAGUUACUCGUUACCCUGACAGAGCCAAAAUAGUUUACGCACUGAAUUAAACGUCACACAAUGACCAUGAGAAAUGGCAGAUAGUAAGCUGUCAUCAGAUAGUAGCCAGCAAUUAUUUGAAUUGUUUCCCAGAAGCCUAUAGUCAACAAGACUAGCAGAGCGAAAGAUGGAUUGUUGAUAAGCUUUAGGAAAAUGUGACUGAGACGCCAGGUUAACUGACCUAUGAUCUGUAAAUUGAAGUAGUUAGGAUGGUUUCUCUGAAUAGUUUGAACUAAGAACUAAAAUAUAGAUAGACUUAAAACUCGAACGAAACCGCCAAGCCACGUUAGAUAUCAUAUUUUACGGUCGGGGCAUGAAACUAGAAUCCACACGAUUGAUAAAAAUCUUACAAAUCUACUUACUUCGUGCAAAGUAAUUUGAUUUGUGACUUUAGCUUCUCUAUCUCUCUGCGACAAGCAAGUCCCAAGCGGAAGAAGUUGUCUGUAAUUUGAUCUUUUUAGCAAUUAAAACCAAGCGUUCUUUUUCCAGACGACUGACGUGUGCAUUCAGUGCCUCAACUUCCGCUUCCAAUAAUGAAAAUUGGGAUUGGAGAGAACGUACAUGUUCGGGCUUUAAGAAAGAAAGACGGCAUCAACUUUAAGUUCUUAGCCUGUAACAAGAAAACUAUGUAACCAAAGCCAUAACAACAACCAUGACAAAUUCUGAAUAUUUUCCUUCAAAAAUCAUGGAGUCCCUGAUAUGCGAUGGUAUACAUGACUAUUUACUGUCCUUAAAUUUCUUACCCCAAAAGCAUGGUUUCAGGAAGGGUUACUCUUGUAUAACCAAACUGCUAACUGCGGUGGACAGAUGUGCAAGCAUCUUUGAUCGCAAGGAGGGUUGAUAUCAUUUACCUUGAUUUCUCAAAAGCUUUUGAUAGGGUUGACCAUAUAUGUCUUAUCCAUAAGCUCAAAUAAUUGGGUAUCAGACCACCUCUAAUUGAUUGGCUCACUUCAUAUCAGAAAAAUCAACAUUUUAAGGUCGAGGUUAACUUCACUUUAUCUCAGGCUAUGGAAUAUUCUAGUGAGGUCCCUCAGAGUUCAGUACUAGGACCUUCUCUCUUCUUCAUUUAUAUAAACAAUCUUCCAUAACAGGUAUCGUCGGACUUAUUACGUUUAGCUGAUGACGUGAUACUUUUGAAAGAGAUACGCAACCAAGACGAUAUACAGACAAUUCAGGAGGAUUUGACUCGAAUUCAAAGUUUGGCAGAUGACAACGGACUUACUUUUAACACUUUCAAAGUGUAAAGUAGUCCAUCUGCGACAAGUCGCAGACUAGUUACAACUUAAGAAACUCCUCUCUAGUAGUAUCCCGAGUCGAAGAAAAUUUAGGAGUCCUGGUACCCUGUGAUUUGAAGUCUUACGCUAGCCGUGACAAAAAUGCCUUUCGAGCAACCUUGCACUGGUAACGUUGAAGCGCAUUUUUGGCCAGUUUGACGGAAGAACUUUCCACAUAAUCUUCAACAGUUUUAUUCGUCCCCAUUUAGAGUACGGAAACAUAGUAUUUCUCUCCCCUCCAAAAGAAUAGGGACACUCUGGAGCCUAUCCAACGGCGAGCCACGAAAUUAGUUCGGGGACUCAUUCAAACCUUAUGAAGAGCGCCUCCAAUCACUUAACCUUUACCCAUUAGAGUAUAGGCGUCUUAAAGGUGACCUUCUGAUGGCUUACAGUACCCUUAGCACUCCUGGACAUCCCCUUAAACGCCUAAUUAAGCUUAGUCCCAAUACAAACCUAUAGGGUAACACCCGGAAAGUGGAGAUACAACACAGCAGAAUGGACUGUAGACACAACUUCUGCUCCUUAAGAGUUGUCAAAUGCUGGAAUUCGCUGCCGACCGAACUAUUCCAAGCGACUUUCCAGGAGUCCUUGAAGAGGAAACUUGACCUAUUCUUAAAGACUAAGGAUAUUAUCUUAUCAUGAGUUACCAACUUCUUUUUCUGAUCUAUUAUAGUUAAUAUACCUAGGUUCCUGCCUGGAGGUAUUGGUGAUCCCCUGCUACUAGACACGGAAGCCUGUUAAGCGAAAGUUUCUUCUAUUCCGUCCACAACUAUUUGAACCAUUUGAACACCACCAACCCCGAAUCCUUCAAAUACUAUAUGCCCGCUCAGAGCUAAGCCGCUCAAGGUCGUGGAGGCAUUCUUUACCUGGUCUUUUCGGUUGUGGCAUCAUCCUAUUUUAGGCAGUCAGGUUGUCUUAUUUUCGCUCGUGUCGUCUCUAUUUUGUGUCGAUCGUCUUCGUAAUUUUACCUCGGUGAACCUCCAGGACAAACACGCUUUACAGAGUCCAGAAGUUGUGUUGUCUCACUUGUUUAACUUCAAUGAGUCUACUCGAUAGUUGGAAUUCACCUAAAUACGUUUUAGCACCUAUGGUUGAUGGCAGUGAACUUGCCUGGAGGAUGCUCGGUCGUAAAUAUGGAGUUCAACUAACUUUCACACCCAUGAUUAACUCGACUGCAUUUCUCAUUAACAUGAAAUACCGCCGAAGUUGCUUGCAGUUCGCCUCAGAAGACCGACCACUUAUUGUUCAAGUGCGCAUGUCCGAAAAAAAUUAUUACUUUCGUUUCAAAUGUGCUAAAUUGGUGCAGCCCUUUUGCGAUGCAGUCGACCUGAAUCUCGGUUGCCCUCAAGGAAUUGCUAAAAGAGGGCAUUAUGGUGCGUUUUUACAAGAUGAGUGGAAUUCUCUCAAGGAGAUUGUUAGCCGCGCUUCGUUAGAGCUUAAUGUUCCCGUCACCUGCAAAAUCCGAAUCUUUAGUGACGUUGAGCGAACUGUUCAGUAUGCAAAACUUCUCGAAGCUGCCGGGGCUUCUAUGCUUACAGUUCACGGACGCACCAGAGAAAUGAAGGGUCAAAAAACUGGACUUGCUGACUGGAAUCAAAUUAGGGCAGUAAAAGAAGCAGUAAAAAUACCUGUUAUUGCCAACGGAAAUAUCCAGUAUUUGUCAGAUGUUCAUCAGUGUUUGGACUCAACAAAAGCCGACGCAGUUAUGAGUGCAGGUUUCUGUCUAUCCAAAAUGUUAUUUAUUUCGUUUUCUGAAAUGUAUUUCUUUAAAGCUAUAGUUCACUAGUUUCUGGUACAUCGUUAGGAUGAAAAUCGAUAAACUACUGAAAUGGAAUUCGCUGACACUAAAUUUUCUUUUACAUAUUACUUUCUAAAAAUGAAGAAUAUUUGAGCGAACAAUUGUUUUCAAUAACUUCAUCAUCAGGCUCUACAGUUAUAAGUUCAUAAUUAUAAUAUAUAUAAUAUAAUUAUAAUAUAUUACUUUCUUCUGGCUAGUGCUGGUUGUAAUCCCCGUUUAUCUCCUAUUUUCUUAGUGUGUUGAUGGAUCUCAGCUCUAAUUACUACUAUCUCGGAAUUAAAUUCCUAUGGAACGUACCACGUCCAAUUUUUUUCCGAUUUUAUUCGACUGAAAAUAAUGUAUUUUGAUGUACCGUGUUUCCCAUUUUAAUCAAUAUGAACAGCUCUGUAUUCAUUGUCUCAAACACCAAAGCAUAACUUAAGAGUGCGGAAAUUCGCGCUAUCGGCGUGCGUUGUAUCUCCGAUACAUGCAUACAAAAUUCGAGUGUGGUAAUCUAUUUGAACACAACUCAAUCAGGGCAAUUUACCGUGUGUCUGGAGACCACACUAGUACUUCCUGUAAUCUCGCUCGUGCAGGUACAGCACUAGGUUCAAAAACAGGGCAGGACAUCUCGGACCGGAUUCUGCUAGAUAGACGCUUGUGCGUUGUCCGACUAAACAAGAUAACGAAACUCGGGGAGAUAGGGACACGACAUUGUCUCUUAAUUGUGAUUUGAACGAAGCGAAAACUGAGUUUUAUGGGAUGCUUUCUGCUCUUCUACGACAAGAUAGACGUCCAGAGAAUAUAUAUUGAGUGCAAUGCUUGAUGUGUACCUUCACGUUUCGCCGUUCACUUACUUGGUUGACGCACUGUGAUAGUUGUUGUGGGAUUAGGCUUGAGAACGGGUAAGUGUGGCCAAUCAAAAACGUGUCACUAAUCCAUGAAGUCAACGACAUUUGAACUGAACUAUGCAGGUAGUUCAGCACAACCUGGUUGGGGUGCGCGGGAUUAUUAUAAAUACUGUUUAGAGGCUUUGGAUGAUAUGGCUCAGAUUCGUUCGCAAUGGUGCAGGUGCAUUCACAUCUUCCCUUCAUUUAGAUCCUAAGUUUCUAAAUUAUUUUUUCCUUCACCUGUAGUACUCUGAGAUUUUCCCUGAUAGUAUCAUUUUAGUGUGCUAAUGUGGUGUAGAAUAUAUAACUGGUGUACAUACAUGUCAGGUUCUACUUUGCGUAUGGCUGACUGACUGACUAAAUAUUCUAGACGUGUAGAAAGUUGUCUAAUUUAAUAUUCUAAUUACAAAUAAAAGACUAGAUCAGCUGUCCCUAUCAUUUAUCAAUAUAUUUUUUAUGUGCCUCACUUCUUUUAACUUUUCUUCCUUUUAGAGGGUCAUCUUCACAACCCGGCCUUAUUCCUAGGAAUUCAACCAUGUAUCUACGACAUGUGUUUUGAAUAUAUGGACUUUGUGGAAAAGUACCCAACAUCCAUGCAAAUCAUCAGAGGACAUAUCUUUAAACUAUGUCAUCACGCGUGAGUGCAAUUUGUUUCAUUCGUUACGAAGACCUAGAGUCAUAAUGUAACGCGAUAUGUGGCCAAAAUAUUUUUGGAUCUGGUCCUUAGACGCUUCAGUAAUUGCUUACUCAUUCUUAAUGGUGAUGAGCAUCAUAGUUACUAAGCUUAAAACUGAAGUGAUAUUCAGUUUAUAUCAUAUUGAGAUAGGUUUUUAUACAUAUUUUAUGAUCAACUUUGGCAUGAAUAACACACCUGGCCACGGUUUUUUAGACAUAAUAAUCAUAGUUUCUAGAAAGAUCUUAGGUGUGGCUCGAAAUGUCACAGUAGGAUUAAUCAUCUUUCUGCAAACCCCGAGCUGCCGGUUGUUUCAUACUUUUCGUUUGGCUCCUUUUCAACGAUGUUUCGUGUUCAAUUUCCAACUUCGCUUGGUGUUAUUUAUACUCUGCUCAUCAACUACUUACGUCUAUUACCCAUCAUGGUGGAGCCGAGGCUGCCAACUAGGACUCUUCAACUCUAUUCUGGGCUCUUCCUAGUUGUUUCUGGUUACUAGUCAUUCUUUUGAUCUCUGCCUUCGCUUCCCGAUGCAAUGUGUUCCUGGGCCUUUCUUUUUCCCUUUCGCUUUCAGGAUUCCAAGUUAGGGCUUGCUUCGUAAUACAUUUUGAUGGUUUCUUCGAUGUACUUCGUAUCCACCUCCAGAGUCUUUCCCUGAUUUCCUCUUCAGCUGGAAGUUGGUUUGUUCUUUACCGUAGUACGUUGUUACUGAUGGUAUCCGAUCAACGGACAUUGAGUAUCCUGCGUAGACAAUUGUUUAUAAAUAUCUGUACAUUUUCGAUGAUGAUUGUAUUAUUUUAUUAUCUCAUACUUGGUGAUAAACUUCAAAAACUUCUCACUUAUAAUUAAUUCAAUUUUCUCUUCUGAAUACGGUUUUAGUACAUGAUUAUUUAGUGUUCUAACCAAAACCCCUUUGUAGUUUAUUGGGCGGAAAUCAUUGAAAUCUAAGUAAAGCCCACCACAAAUGCCUUUCCGAUGAAUGGAUCCUUCUUGACCAUUUGAAUUGGGCUGAAUACCAAUAUCAAGAAAAUGAAAUUUACUAUAAUAUUCAUUUAUAAGCACAGUUAUUGUGUUAAAAAAUCAACAUAAUUUUGGUAUUCGCCCAUGGUUACUUACACUAAAUCCAACACUCAGUCAACAAAAGACAACCUUUGUGCAAGUUCUAUAAAUCACUAUCCAAUUUUAACUCGUUUUCGAAGUCAUGGAUGUUGAGAGGAGUGUAAGUUGGUUUUAAGUACUCAUUAACUAUUUCUUAUUGGCGAGUCGAAAGAACAAAAAUCGCUACAACAGGAAGAUCACCCCUGUUCAUAGUGUAGUCACGUCUUUGUACUAAAUACAACAGACUAAGCAGUGAAUUUUAGGAAAAUGACCAUUAUUUUUGCCAACUCUUAAAAACAAGUUGUAUUUUUAUCACUAAGGAUUACUUCUACUGGACGUGAUGCAGCCAAUUGCUAAUAUCUGUUGUAUAGGUUUUUAUUAUCUUACAUUAGUGUUCAGCCACAAAGUCCUUUCUCUUCAGUGAUUUGCAUCUAUGUAGAUGAACAAACGUUUAGUUUUUCUAGGAAUCUUAAACGUUGUCGUUACUUUCUUUGACAAAUAGAUUGGACGAACACUCUGAAUAUCGUUCACUAAUUGGGUCUUCUCAAUCAACUAAGGGAAUAAAAGAAAUAUUACAAAAAAUGGCAAAUCACUGUUCAGUAAGUAAAUCGUUUUUGGAAAUUAGUAGUAGUUUAUCCCAACUCACAUAUCCCUAAUGCAAUGGACUGUUAACCAUAUAUUAAAUAAGACCACAACCGAAGCAAACAAUUUCAAUAGUGCAUGGCGAACACAUAUCAAAAGUAAAAGCGAAGUUUAGGUAAUAAAAGAAUCCCAAGAACCUCACAGUCCAUGAUCACGAAAAUGUUUUGUUACUUUGUUACUACUUUAUCUACUUAUGCCUGAUACUGUCCUUGGAGCAUAGUCCGCUAACCACGAGUUUCCAACCCAUUACUUUUCAGCUUUUGCUAAACUAUUUAUUGUCUUGAUAUCCGCCUCUGAUUCCCGGAGCCAUAUAUCAUCUGGUCUGUCUCUUCUUUCAACUUGAGGAUUCCGAGUUAGGGCUUGAUUUUUGGUGCAGUUUGGUGGUUUACGUAAAGCGGAUUCUAUUCACCACCAACAUCUUUUCUCACUGGUCCCUCAACUAGAAUCUGGUCUGUUUUCUGCUAGCGUGGGUUAUUGCAGAUGAACUCUGACCAAUGAAUAUGGAGUAUCUUGCACAGAUAGCUGUUUGUAAGUACCUAGACUUUUUCGAUGAUGGUUUCGGCAUUUCUCCAAGUUUCAGCUCCCUACAAUAGAGCUGAUUUGACGUUAGUGUUGAAAAUCCUAACUUUAGUCUUGACUAACAGUGUUCUUGAGUUCCAGAUAAUCUUCAAUCAUAGGAAUGCUACACUUGCUCGGUCAGUUUGUGCCUUUACAUAUAUAUCAGAUUCUCCUUGUUUGUCAGUUAUGCUGCCCAGGUAUCUUAGGUUUCCCACUUCUUCGAAAGCCUCACCAUUAAACAAGACUUGAGUGGCACACGCCGUAUUGUGUUUCAGGAUUCGUUUCUUCCCUUAUAAACAUCGAGGCCUACUUCGGACGAAGCCUAUGCUACACUGGUAAUUUCAGUCUGGAUUUUUUGCUGUGUAUUUGGUAGCAAGAUCGAGUCAUCUAAAAAUUCCGAAUCAUCCAACUGCGUACUGUAUUCCGCGCUUUUCCUAAGAUGUAAAGGUCUUCAUAGUCCAGUCAACAGCUGGUAGAGAGGUGAAUGUGGACAGUCUCAUUUGACAUCAGUGCGCACUUGGAAUUCAUCCAUAAGCUGCCAUUUAUACAUGACUUUGUAAUUUUGAUCUGUCGUAAAAAAAAAUCAUGUGGUGGUGACCAUUUUUUUAGGUAUUCCAUUGGGCUAUCCUAUCUACACUAUCGAAUGCUUUCUCAUAAUCAAGAAAAUUGAUGCAAAGGAAUGACUUUCAUCCAAUGAAAGUCAGCUUGUGGAUCUCUGAAUUGAGCAUCUACUUAAUAAUAUUGGUAAUAAUAUACGUAUUGACGCACAACCUCACUAUAGGGUCUGAGUUUUGUUCAAUUUUAGGAUUUAUUGGAGGAUAUCAAAGGUUCAUAAUGACGAUAUAGAAAUGUGAUUUUGGGGUUUUGUAAUUGUUUAUACUGCUGUGAGAAAUCUAUGUAGCUCUUUGUACGCAUUUGUGCGGAAAAAUACUGCUAUCUACGAACAUUUUUUUGAAAACACUUGGGUAUACCAUCCAUGUCUCUUUGUACCAGUUCAUAUCACACGGUGAUAUGUCUCACACUCAGUGUUGUCCAUGCAUCAUGCUUCUCUGGAUGGUAUCAGCUCAACUUCUUGCUUGUGUGGAAUACUUUGUUCCCCAUAACCAGAAUACAAUAACAGCUCUCCUGAAGUUAGUCUUUUUUGCCCGGAUUAGGUCUGGUGGGUCUCACUGAUUACGAGCAUAACCAGGCUGUAUUUUAUCGGUUCUGCGACUAUUUAAGUGACCAUCCAGGUUUCUCACGUACACGUGUUUAUUGUGACCUUGGUUGUCAGAAAUGGCAUCGAACUUGUAUCUUUCGAAAAAUUUUGGCUUUCACCAUAAGGCAUUAUAACUAUUCUAUCCAACAACCUUUCGAUUCCAAGAGCAGAGUUUAGUUGAUUUUUUCUGUCUAGCAUUAUUUAGCGAGAUGAGGCUGAUAACCAUAUGCUCAACCCUCUCCCGAUACCCGGCCUAGGACCAACAGUAGCUAUCCAUAGGGGCCUCAGGCCUUUUCGCUUCAUUGAACGCUCUGAUUUACUGAUAAUGGUUGAUUUUUUUUAUUUCAAUGCCUAUACCUUACUUUCCAAUCCUUUGUAGCACUAAAACUGCGUUAAUCAGGAAUGGUCAACUAUGUUUUCAACUAUCUACAAAUUUCUUAAUCGGUCGUGUGAACGCAUCUAUACCGUCAUAAGUCCAAAAUUAUAUUGAUAUAAAUAAACUCAAGGUUCAGUUGUAGAAUGGUGGCUAAUUAGUUAAGUUCUAUGAAAAACGAUUUUAUGGAUUGCCGAAAGGAUCGUUGUUUGCUGAAAUAAAAAAAACAUUGCCAGUCGAUUGACAACCUACAAUGAUACUAUAUGGCUUAGUGGAGGCUUUUUAAGCAACUGUAUUAUUGUCACAAACCCUCGGACAAUGUGAAAUCGAAGGAAAGAUCACUAGCCAAAAGAAUUGUUUUUUCAUACAGUUAAAUGAUGUAAUCAUAUACAUAACAUGAACACAACUAACAUCUUAGUGAGAUAUCAUCGGUGAUUUGAGGAAAUUAGUUUGUAGUCCACUCACUCUCCAAACUAUCAAGACCUAACUAUUAGGACUGGUUCUUCUCUGCCAUACUAUCAACGGAUCUUACUGCCAGUUUAGAAGUCCUUGGUUUGAAUCUCGCUCCGUCUACUUCCGUUUAGGCAACCUGGUAGAUCGCCAGCCCCACCUCCACUUACAAUGUGGCUCAAAACCAAGUACAUGAAUCUGUACGUGCCAAAUUAUUAAUAACAGGAUAAAAAGAACGGAAGUAAAGUAUGUCAUUCGGAAAUAAAAGCCUCAGAGUUAUGUAAUAAAUCGCGUUCAUCUCUCGUAAUGAAAGUAUCUUACAAUGAGCUAUCUUAUUAGCUUCAUUUGGUUUCUUUUCACUGUGAAGUCGCUGAUCUAUAUGUCCGAGUUUACGCUAAAACAGUUCUUUGCUUUCAGGGGAACUUGUAUCUUGUUUUUGAUCGAAGUAAGUCGAAAACAUUUACAAAGUUGGUUGAUUACUUCUUUGUGUUCGACAUUGAUUUAUAGUCGGCGAGAAACGGAGAAGUGCAAGGAUAAACGAAUUCAAGUUGAACAUACGUACUCUUUUAGCAAUAAAAUGUCCACAUACUAUUUUCGGCUAGCUUUAUAUUCAUUUUGACAGCGACAUGUACACAUUAGUCCUUUCGAGCAUAAUUAAUUUCGUCUUAUUUUUCGGUUUUGUUCGGGUAGUCUUGUGUGCGAAACAGUUCAACUGAAUUACCUCAUCCUCACUGGUUAUGUCAACCUUAUGAGCGACCAAUUACAUUUUCGGAACAAGCGAAAGUUGAAAUCUCGAUGCAAGCAAUUAAUGGAUCGGAUUUUUACAGUGUUGACAGUGACGUAUCUGCUAAAAAAAUUAUGUUAAUGGAGCAAAGACGUAGUCGGAAAGCUUCAAAGAAAGAGGUUAAACUUGCUAAGAAAUUAGCAAUCGUUGAAGGAAAGCUCAUAUGUUUUAUUUGCAACAAGAAUCGGAAAGUAAGUCAUGUUAGUGAUAGACUUCUGCAUUUAGAAAUUAUUUGUGAGUUUAGUGAAAGUAUUGAGUUUUCUCAUGCUCUUUGAAAACAGUUGAUUUGGAUAAUUUUUUGGGAAGCUGAGAAAGGCUAUUCUAUAAAAAUCCGACCACACAUAUUUAAUUCUACUAUAAUAUAACUAUUUGCUUACAUUAAAAAAUAAUGGUUUUUUUCAAAAUGCCUGAUAAAAAUGGAUAACAGUUGUAUGUUAUUUGAUAUAUAAAGCUAAGUAGUAGUAAAAUUUUUAUUCUGAGACGUGUUCCUCAAAACCUCAAACGCACUGUUGCAUAACUGCUUUUGAUGAUGGAAUAUUGAUCUCGUGUGAUUAGAUGUUAACAGGCCUAUUGAAAUGCAUUCAUAUUGUGUAUUGAACUUUAAGGGGUAUGCUUAGGUGUGUUCGUCUCAUCAUGUUAAUGGUGUUGUAUAUUCACAAUUAUACUUUUUAUCCUUGUAUUUUGAAAUGUCUCCGAAGUCAAAUGAAUUUCUUUUUUAUUACGAUUUUAGAGUUUAAACUGUGCCAGAUCAGUUUGCCGCACAUGUUGUCAAAGUGAAUCAAGUUUGAAUUCAUUAACGAAUACUUUUUGUUCAUUCCAUCACCGUCAAAUAAAUAAUGCUAUAUUAGAUUAGUAAAUUUUUCUUUUCACAAAUGACAUUGUUUUGACACGUUAAUGAUGGUCAUAGCAAUUGUGUGUAUGUUCUCGAUAUUCCUGUUCCAUCCACUGAUGUGAAUGAAUGUCAGAAAUAUAAGUUUAAUGUUAUGGAUUAGUCGGGUAUCUCGACCCCUCAUGUUAUGUGUCUUUCCAAUUCUUGUCCAAUAUCAAACUUCCCUAUUUUUAUAGAAAUUAACACUGGCCCAUAUUUUUUUCUUUAAUUUUUCGCAACACAUUUCAAGUUUAGUCUUGACGUUACAAUAAUAUGCUCUCUAAUAAAAUUUAUGUAAUUAUUCACUCCUAUCGUAUAUUGUAUCUAUAACUUAAUGAUUAACACUCAUCAAAAUGGGUCGCUUAUCGAAAAAACGAGCCCGAAAAUGCUUUAAUAUUUUGAAUAAUAGCAACUCUGUUAUUACCCCGGCUUAGCGACUCCUUUUCCAACCGAGAACGUUAGGAUUGGACUUAAGUUACGUAUGCCGCUGGUUAACUCAGUAUCUAAUUUACUUACGAGUUCCACGUUAAGAUGCCAUAGCAUAGGUAAUAUAAAGAGUGAAUUAGACGGUAUAUAUGAGCAAUUACGCGAUAUGCGUCCUAAAGUGGAGCUACUUGCGGGUUCUCCUUUUUAAGCAAGAAAUAAAGACUAUCACCACUUCAGCUACUAUUGGCGAGGGGCGUGGUUCCUACUAAUCUUGGAAACACUGAUAAAACAGUAUUUGUUAUUGAUUCUAUUACUAGCCAAGUUACCAAGCUAAUUACUAGAAAUAACGUGACUUUCUACAACAUACGUGACAAAAUCCCGCUUAAAUUUAUUUUUUCGAUACUGAACACAUCCAACCCUCAGGAUAUUCCGUGCCUUAUUUUAUUUAGAUUCGACUCACAUUUAGCAGCUGAUCAACUGGUCAAUUUAGGCACCUACGAAGUUCAGGAAUGCUCGCAUAGUCUCAGAUAAAACCACCAGUCAAAGGCCUACUCAGAAGCUUACCUCAAACGAGAAUGAUAUAGAAAAUACGAUGAAUCCUGCAAACAUAUCAACAGGACAUACUUGUGAGACUGACAUUGUCUGUCAGUCAAUACUCUGAUUUAUCAAGGGAGGAUGCUAAAUUGUCACUGAAGCCUGUAGCAACCUCAGAUAACCAGUGUAUUAUACCUUAUGUAGAAAUAAAUCUUGAACAUUCUGAUCUGAUACCUCCCAAUACAACAGUAGAGCGCAUAUUCAGACGUCUAAUCCUAACGUGUGAGCUCUUCGAAACACUGUUAGAAUUUAAGUCUAAACCAUAUGGAAAGUAUGUACAGAAGUGUUUAGUUUCAAUACCAGUACCAAAAAUAUUACAAAGGCUCAACCAAAUACACUUCGAACACCAGGUUUUACCCUUCUGAUCAUGCUUCCGUUAACUAUGAAGUAUUCAGUCGUGCCAAGAGAAUCGGACUUCACACGGGAUUUAAAAAGCCGAAGUAUUGAUAAUUCUGGGCUUUUACUGUCUAGGGCUUUAUUUUCUAUAUUCAUAAAAUACUUGCGUUUAGAUGAAGCAUUUCUGUCGAUUAAGGUAAGUAUACUCUGAAGUGCAUACACGUCAUUAUGCUCAUAGUAGCGGUGUUUUAAUUUCCUCAGCUUUCUUAUAAAAGUAUUCUGGCCCCUAUUAACAUCAUAAGCCACAUGGCCAAUAAUUGGAGCAGUGCAGUCAAGGAAAAUAUCAGGUUGUGGUAUAGAUUACAAAGCGCAAUGUCAAUAUUAUUUGUGGUAAAAUAAGUUCCCCAUGGUAUACACUGAAUAACAAUCUCAGUCCGUAGCCAGGUUUUUUGAUCAUAAUGUCUCCUCUGGUACAUCACUGAAGCUUUAGGGUUCAAUAGUAUGGCGUUUAAAAAAUGGAUUAUACUCAAUAAAACUCUAUGAUCACUCAUAAAAAACUCAUGACUCAUAUGCACUGAGAUAGUCUAUGUUGAUUGUAAACAAUAAAACAAGUAUAUUAUUCCCCCUAGUCCGUUUUCGUACCUGUUGAACCCAUCCACAAAUUUCUAGUGUUUCAACUGGCUUGUUAUACCUACCUGGUACCUGAGUCGAACCACAUGUAAUUUUGGGCAGAUUAAAAUCACCUCCGAUGAUUUUAAAGGUAUGUGGUUGGUGCGAAGCAAUGAAAAAGAUGUUUGUUAGUAAUCUGUCAAACUUAGUAUCAGCAUGAAGUGGUCUGUGCAUGAAUCCCAACAGUAGAUAAUAUUGAGAUCCACAAUUUACAUUAACCCAAGUGGAGUUGUCUAUAGCAUCAAGAGAUUCAUCCUGCAAUUUGCACGCCUGAAUGUCUGAACGGACAUAGAUAAUUGUACCGCCUCCUAAUCCAUAACAUCUAUCGGUUCUAAAGAAAACGAAGUUGUCUACAUUCAAGGAGUGAUCGGAUAUAGACGAAUUGCACCACGUUUCCAUAAUAAAUACAACGGUUAGAUUUACAAAGAAUAAGAGGGUUUCAAAAUGGGUAAUUUCAUUGGACAGAGAGCGGGCAUUGGACAAAAGAAUAAGGAACAAUUAUCAGGGUGAAGCAGGUUGAAGUAUAAGUCGCAAUUGGUAGUUCCAUGAAUGGUCGUAAGAUUAGUUAAGAUAAGAGUUGUGUUGCGAGUGAAAAUAGAUUCAUCAACGUGAUCAUCAUUUGAAGUAUGUUUACCGUUGACAUCAUGAAAGCGGUCAGAAUUAGAAAAAAAGACUUCUCAUUGCUAUUGGAUAUAAUAUCUGAUAAAAUCGGAUGAUACAUGUUGUGGAAGAUUGUUUAUAUAAAUGAAGAAGAGAGGAGGUCCUAGUACUGAACUCUGGGGAACCCCACUAGAGCAUUCCAUAGCUCGAGAUAAAGUGAAGUUAACCUUGACCUUAAAAUGUCGGUUUUUGGAUAUGAAGUGAGUCAGUCAAUUAGAGGUGAUUUGAUACCCAAUUGUUUGAGCUUAUUGAUCACUUUGUUUUGGUUUCAACCGGGCAAGGGCGCGUGUCUA